AUGCAAGAAGAGCUUUCAUCUGUGGCUCAUCCUCUCGGGGGCUUCGGAGAAGAGAACGACGAAGAGCGUCGAGUCAUUGUCGAUUUUGAAGAAUUUGAAUCAUCCAAAGAGAACAUCAUUCCUCUCAAGACUGGUCGUCGAGCAGUGGACUUGAGAAGAGUGUUUGGAUCAUCAUCAUCGUGUUCUUCUUGUUCUUCUCAAGGCUCCUCAUCACCUCUGAGAGGAGUCCUCAAAGAAAGGAAAGAUUGGAUUUCGAAAGGACGAUCCAUCAUGAAUGAUCCACCGAAUGUGAAUCCCUCCAUCUCCACUCGAUCCACAUCAGCAACACCAACGACAACCACCACACGAUUGAAUUCUCCCAUCUUUAUGAUGAAUUCAUUAUCAUUCCAUCCUCCUACUUCCUUUCCAACAGCAACAGAAAGUUCCAAUAACAACAACAACAACAACAACAACAUCACAAUGAUGAUGAUGAUAGAUGAAUCUCAACUUGUACCUGCUGUUGAUCCUUGUGAGGAGGAGGAGGAAGAAGACGAACAUGAUGUUUCAACAUCAACAACACUCUCUCUCAACAACAAUGGCCUUACCUCCUCUCCAUCCUCCUCUCCAAUCUGCCUAAACAACACCAACAACAACAACACUACUCAUACCACUCCUUCCAAUUAUAAUAACUCCUCUCACAAGACAAAUCAUCACGGAAAGUCCUUCUUCUUUAAUUUCAAUCACUUGAUCAAGAAGGUUUGUUUUGAAAAUCACAACAUGAAACCCAAAUUGAGUCAAGAACGGAAAGUCUUUGAGAAACGAAUUGCCUCCACAUCGAUUCUCUCCAAUCAUGUGGAUCCUCUCAGUGUCUGGCUCGAAUACAUUGAAUGGAUUGAGAAGAAUUAUCCAACCCUUAACAAGUCUUCACAAUAUGUUCCGACCUUACAGGCCUGUACGAAAUAUAUUCUCUCAUCAUCUUCUUCUUCUCAGAAACAACAACAACAACCACAUGAUUCUUCUUCGUUGUCAUCUUCGUCCUCCUCGUCCUCGUCCUUAUUGGAAAGAUACAGAGAGGAUGAACGAUAUUUGAAAGUGUGGUUGAAAUAUGCCGAUCAAUGUUUAGAUCCCAUUGAUGUAUUCACCUUUCUCGAGUCCAAGAAGAUUGGUCUCUCUCAUGCCGAGUUGUACAUUCGGUGGGCCACUGUGUUGGAGGAUCGAAAGGAUUUGAAAGCAGCAGAUGCUGUUCUGGAACAAGGUAAGAAUCGAGGAGCACAACCUCUCAAAUCUCUUGAAACAUUUCACACGGGAGUGAAGGCACGAUUCAUGAAGAGUAUUCUCAAUCGGACUCAGUCAGGACAGAGUGUGUCGUCGUCGUCGUCGUUGUCGUCGUCUUCAUCCAUGUCAUUAUUGAAUCAGAGCCAACAUUAUAACAGUCAGUCAGGUCAGAGUACAAGUGUUAGUGGUGGCAGUGGUGGCGAGAAUUGUGGAAUUGGACAAAGAGCUCCAUUCAAUCCCUUGUCGAAGAAACCAUCUUCGAUUCGACCUCUCACUGCAAAACCUCCAACCAUGAUGAAACCCAUGAAAAUGAAAAUGAAUAAUCCAAGUUUGGCUCAAAAGAAUUCUCCCCUUAAUAACUUUGUAAUUUAUGACGAGUCGGUGAAUCAUGCAGAGAAGUUGGCACAUGCAGCCUCAACGAGAACACUACCAUUUCAAAUACAGAGAGAUCACUCAACCACUCCACACAUUGUGCCACGUGUAUUGCCCAGUGAGCAAGAGUCAGAAAAAGAAAAUCACGAGAGACCUGACAAGUGGACUAACUAUUCGAAUCCUCAAUUUGCCACCCAAGAUGUGGAUGAUCUCACUAAUUUUCUGAUGGUACCACCUCCAGUCGUCAACAAUGCAGUUAGUAAGCCUUCUUGCCAUUUCUCAAUUUUUGUCGACGACGAAUUUAAAUAA